AUGGCUGCCAGCCUCAUGGACACUCUUGUCACUUACAGGCCCCUCCCCACAGGGAAGCCCCCCAUGGACUGUAGGCAUUUACCUGAGGCCCGCAAGGAGACCCUGAGCCCAGAGCCCGAGUCACCACCACCUCCAGCUGCCAGCAGCAGCCCCUGCCUACCCCCCGCCAUCGGGCAGCGGGCCGGGACAGGCCCAGGGCGACCCGCAGCUGCCAACGCUGCACGGGAGCGCAGCCGGGUGCAGACCCUGCGCCAUGCCUUCCUGGAGCUGCAGAAGACGCUGCCCUCCGUGCCGCCCGACACCAAGCUCUCCAAGCUGGACGUGCUCCUCCUGGCCACCACCUACAUCGCGCACCUCACACGCAGCCUCCAGGACGAGGAGGAGUCUCCAGGAGAGUCCCUGGGAGCCCUCCGAGGAGAUGGGUACCUCCAUCCUGUCAAGAAAUGGCCAAUGCGAUCCAGGCUAUACAUUGGAGCGACAGGACAGUUUUUGAAUCACUCAGCACAAGGAGAAAGUGCAAACCAAGGAGAAACAUCAACAAAUUCUCAACAGUAGUCUCUCUUUUCAUUAAAAAAAGUUAUUUAUUACACCACAUAUAUAUUUAAAUUUUAAAAAAAUAGCACAUCAGCAAGCCGUAAUUCCUGAAAUACUGUUUGUGGAUCAGAAGGAAUUGGUUCUUAAAGAUCUCUGAUACCUCAUUAACUUCAUGAGACUUAUCACUGGCUUCCAUCAUUGAGGAUACUGCUGGUAUCUGAACCAGGGCAAUAGGAGAAGGCAGCUGCUGUCAGCACUGACAGCAACAGGGGCAAGACUGCUGACAACAGCUGUUUUCAUCCACCUCUGCACAGGAAGCUGAUAGAUACACGACAGGAAAAAGAGACAAGGAAAUGCAUACUGGCUAAGUGUAGUGCAAUACAAGCUCUGAAGAAAAACAAACGGCAAACAAGUCUGCAAAUAGCCAUCAAAAUAACGCGUGCCCUUUCCUCAUGGUAUGAAGCUAAUAGCAGAAAGCCCACAGACAGCAGUCAGGUCAUGCCUUUAUCCUUCAGGUAGUCAUAAAUGCAUGGAGCUCUUUGAAAAUGGGGGCGCACAUUCACUUCAAGUAAAGAUGUGCUGAAAUUUAUUCUACACGCACAAACACAGACUGCUCUACAGACUAAAUGUAGUUCCAUUAAUUAAGUAUUACUUGUAUUGAUCUAUAGCCUUGUGUUGCAUGUGAUGUGUCUGUUAAGUGUUACCCCAGAACUAUUACAUCAAAAUACACUCCUCUCAUCCGGGGCUUCAGCUGAAUGAGCCCUGAGAGCUGGCUUGUUCACAGCACAUGAUUCACUACAUCAUUUCCUAUAUUUAGGCAAGAAAUAUUUAAACUAAAUGCACCAGUGCCAUCUAAUGUAUCUGUUCUGUAAAACACCGUACUUUUCAUAUAUUGUUAUUGUCAAGGUAAACAUUAAAUAUUAU